GGAAAUAUUGGAUCUCUCUGCGAGUAAAUAUGGAUCUCCACCGUCGGAAAAUUUUGGGAGCCACCAUGAAACGCGAGGACGAUGAUGAGAAGGACAUGUUCUGCGGCAGCAGAAAGUUAGAUCCAAUCCCUCUUGAUCUAAAGAUAUUUAGUUUUCCUGCGAGAUUUGGGAUAAAGCCACACCAAAAGAAACGCAAGGAGCGAGAUGGCAACGAUAGCGAGGUCGAUGAGAAGAAAGGCACAAGUCAAAGUUGUAAGCUACCUUUGAUCCCUCUUGAUGUAGAGGCGGAGAUUCUGUCUAGAUUACCAGUAAAGUCUCUUAUGAAGUUCCGAUGCGUGUCUAAGAUGUGGUCUUCCAUCAUCCGAAGCCAAAGAUUCGUCGAUUCUUACUACGCUUUGUCCUCUGCGACGCGGUCGCGGUUUACAAUUGCUUUCGGUAACGGUUUAUUCAUCAAGGGUGAUGGCAUGCCUUAUCGGUUCAUCUCCUCGUCUUCACACGAGGGAGAGGAAUCUUCUUCUUUGGUUGCCAACCUCGACAUGAAAAUACCUUCCGUGCGCUUCGAUAUCGGCUCCAACUGUCCUUCCGUCCAUGGCUUUCUCAGUUAUUGCUCUCGUCAUCGGUUGACUAUAUGCAACCCUAGCACAGGGCAAGUAUUUACCUUUCCCUGCAAAGGACCCCACACAUCCUUGGGAUACGAUCCUGUUGAUGGUCAGUUCAAAGCAUUGACCCUUGUGUCAGCAAUUGACGAUCAGCUGGAUAGUGGUUAUUUAGUGCACGAGGUUAUAAGGCUUGGAGGAGAAGGAAGAUUAUCACGCAAUGAGGUUACCUCCCCGCUUUAUUACCCUGUAACUAGUGGACUAUGCAUCAAUGGUUGUUUGUAUUAUGGUGCAUGGGCCCCAAGAUGGAGAUCGAAUCCUGUGGUUGUGUGUUUUGAUGUUAGAUCCGAGAGGCUGAGUUUGAUCAAAGCUCCUAAGGAUGUUGUGGUUUCCCAUAGCAAUUCAAUAUUCAUAGAAUACAAAGGUAAGUUAGCUUCUUUUGGAAGACGCACUUGGAGCUUCUCUAGAUUUGAUUUAUGGAUUCUAGAGGAUGUCAUGACACAUGACUGGUCCAAGCAAACAUUUGAACUCCCCUUAACUUUGGUGAACAUGACUUCCCCGGGCACCAACAAAGCUGGUGAAAUCAUUUUUGCCCCAAAAGAGCUGUCAUGUAAAGUCCAACCCUUCUACAUUUUCUACUACAAUGUAGAAAGAAAAAGCAUCAGAAGAGUUAGGAUCCACGGAAUUGGAGAUGAUCAAGGGUUUAGGCACCGUUAUGGAUUCGGAAAGGCAUGUUGCGUCUCUAUGUCACCCCAACACGUUGAAAGUAUUGCCUCUUUGUAAUGUGUUUUAUGUCCUUCUUCAAGGAUCUUAAUGUAAAAGCGUUUUUCUUACUCCAUAAAUAAAUUAUUUAAGAGUUUAGUUUGUUAUCAACACCAAGCAAUAUAGUUUAGUUUGUUAUCUUGCCCCCAAGAGAAUCUUUCCAGUGAUUGUUUGUUUUGGAGCUUAGAUUUGAAAGCCCAUGUUUUAUCAAAGCUCCUGAGAAUGUUGUGGUUUGGGAAACUCUUGAGUAUAUUCUCUGGUUUAAACUGAUCCUCCAACUGUGGUUCUGUUUUCUUGUUGAUGUCAUUUCAUGUUCCAAAGACAAUGGAGGGAAGCCAGGAACAGAACAAUUAGGUAAAGCUGGUCUUUCGUCACACUAUGCAAAUCUAGUCCAACAAACCGAUAGUAUUGCUCUCUUACAUGGUUUUAUGGCUUGUCGCAAAAACCUUGUAGUUGAGAUUGGGUUCCAGC